GCUGGACUCGCGCGUAGCCUAGGGGGAGACUGAGCAGCAGACUGUUAUUGAAGAGAGAGGAGUGGAGACAAAGCCGUCAAAACUCCGAUAGCUUCCUUUUUUUCCAGUCCAAAGCCGACCCCGGAGCCCCUGAGGCAUUCCCUCCAUCUCUGGAACACGCUAGUAGUUCACUGAUAACAGCCAUGAGGGACCCUGUGAGUAGCCAGUACAGCUCCUUUCUUUUCUGGAGGAUGCCCAUCCCAGAACUGGAUCUGUCAGAGCUGGAAGACCUGGGUCUGUCAGAUACAUCCACCUACAAGAUCAAGGACAGCAGCGCUGGCAAAAUGACCGGGCAAGCAACUGGACCAGAGCAGGAGAAAAACCCUGAAGGUGAUACCCUCCUCGAGUACAGCACCUUCAACUUCUGGAGAGCUCCCAUUGCCAGCAUCCAUUCCUAUGAAUUGGACUUGCUCUAAGGCCAAGACCUGUCUGUCUCCCACCACCUGACCCUCAUUAUCUCCCCUUUCAAGCCCUUUAUCCUUUUCCCAUGUUAAUCUCUUCCCUCUAUUGUGUUGGUGGUGCUGAUGAAUCUGCCAGUUGUGUUUAUUUAUUUAUUCCAUUUCUUUCAAAAGUCUUCAAACCACACAGUAAUGGAUCACAUUAUGUAACGGUGACCCUCCACUCCUGACAUUAUUAACCUCAGAAAACAGGCAUGAGAGAGUAGUAUAGUAGUGAAAUAAGGAACAUUGAUUUUUGUAUUCUAUUUUAAUUCAGCUUCAAAGAUUACCCAAACGUUCCUAAUUUCCUGCUCCAGGCAAGUAAACAUCUCCUCCAGGGUGAAAAUCUUGGAAGUCUUUAAGAUGAUUUGCUACAAAACAGUAAGAUUUCUAAAAGACUAAAGUCAUAAGACUUGCUUUUUUGAUCCUUCUCCUUCUUGUAAUAUAUUAUUUUUCCCAGAAAAUUUGGGGAUAGCUUAAUAAUAAAAGGAGGAAAUAGAUCAAAUUGAAAAUGGGAGAAAGCACUGAAACAUUUCAGAAAUACCUAAGCUGUUUCUCAGAGUGUACCUUUGGAGCAAGGCGCUAGUGGCUCACCCCUGUAAUCUUAGCUACUCAGGAGGCAGAGAUGGGGACGAUCAUGGUUCGGAACCAGCCCGGGAAAAUAGUUUGGGAGACCAUAUCUUGAGAAAACACAUCACGAAAAUGGGCUGGUGGAGUGGCUCAAGGUCUAAGUCCUGAGUUUGAGCCCUGUACCUCAAAAAAAAAUUAUACCUCUGGCCUACUUACUUUACAAUUUUUCUCAUAACUGUGAGUUGAAAAUGCUAGCUGAGGAAAAUUAUGUUUUAUGAAGAAAUAUUACUAUUGGGAUAAUUUGUAGUUUUGAUUCAAUCAUGCAACCAGGCAGAGGGUUUGUUCAUUAGUAUUUUAGUACUGCCCAGCUGCAUUUGAAAUAUAUAAUUACUGUUCCCAUGGCCUCAGGCACGGUUCUUCAGCUACCUUAAGACUAUGAAAUGAACAAUAACAUUCAUACCCUAUACCUUGUCCCUACUCCUUCCAAAAUUAUUGCUGCUGAUUAGUGCUGCCAUUUAUUCAUUUAUGUAAUAAAGACGUUAAGUCCCAAGACUGGAUUCUAGUUUUCUCUUCACAGGGAAGCCGUACAGAUGUCAGAAAUUACUCAUGCUUUCACAUUCAGCUUAUACACUAUCCUUCUAAUAUUCCAACUUUGAGGGAAAAUGAUUUGAAUAGCAUGUAUACACUCAAUGGUGCACUUCAGGUUGAACAGAUCGGUAACAAAGGGUGAAAUCAACUUAAAAUUAGGCAGUUAGCAAGAAAGCGGCAGCCAACCGCUCUUAGGUUGCCCACUACCUACCAACACGUUUCAGGUGGUAAUUUUCCUAGAUGCCUAAGAUAAACUAAUUCGCCCAAAUAUGUUAAUGUGCUUCUUUGUAACUCACCUCAUUCUAAAAAAGCUAUUUGAAACUAACUUAUCAACAG